UUCUACCAAUCUAUUACUAGAUUAGACUGUAAAUUUUAUCGGUAGUCACAUCGAGAGGCUUUAUAUGUGACUAUCAUAUAUUUGACAAAAAGUAAAAUUAUAUUUUCAUCAUUCCAUUUGUGUAAAAUUUACAAAACAGUGUGCACAGUAAUAUAUUUUCUUUGAAUUUAUACAAAUUAUUUAAGUGUUAAGGGUAGAAAUUUAGUAUACAAUUGAUCAUCGAUCGGUUUGGCAGUUCUGCGCGGACGGGUGUAAUGGCUGGACAAACCAUCAACGAUAGACUAUUAGCAGCUCGGCACAGCCUGGCUGGACAGGGUCUUGCAAAAUCAGUCUGCAAGGCGACUACCGAAGAAAUGAUUGGACCGAAGAAAAAACAUUUGGACUAUUUGGUCCAUUGUACCAACGAACCAAACGUUUCUAUUCCUCAUUUAGCUAAUUUGCUGGUAGAGCGGUCACAAAAUGCAAACUGGGUUGUUGUUUAUAAAGCCCUCAUCACAACACAUCAUAUGCUGGCAUAUGGCAAUGAGAGGUUUAUACAGUACUUAGCAUCGAGUAACUCUUCAUUUCAACUUAACAAUUUCCUUGACAAGGGUGGUGUACAAGGUGCUGUUGGAGCUAGGAUGGGAUAUGAUAUGUCCCCCUUUAUUCGAAGAUAUGCCAAAUAUUUGAACGAAAAGGCACUCUCUUAUCGAACUGUCGCAUUUGAUUUUUGUAAGCUGAAACGAGGAAAAGAAGAAGGAUCUCUUCGAGUUAUGAAUGCUGACAAAUUGUUGAAAACAUUGCCGGUUCUCCAAGCACAGCUGGACUCGUUGCUUGAGUUUGAUUGCACGGCUAAUGAUUUAACAAAUGGUGUUAUCAAUAUGUGUUUUAUGUUAUUGUUUAGGGAUUUGAUACGGUUGUUUGCCUGUUACAAUGACGGAAUUAUUAAUUUACUCGAAAAGUAUUUUGAUAUGAAUAAAAAGCAGUGUCGAGACGCAUUGGACUUGUACAAAAAAUUUCUCACUCGCAUGGAUCGUGUUGGAGAGUUUCUUAAGGUGGCAGAGAACGUUGGCAUCGAUAAAGGAGAUCUACCAGAUUUGACUAAAGCCCCAAGUUCUCUGCUGGAUGCUUUAGAACAGCAUUUAGCAACGCUGGAAGGCAAGAAAGGUUCUGCUGCAAAUACACCAACCCAAACAGCUAACAAUCAAAAGAACGUAAAGAGUGGAGUGACAGCCCUAUCUUCUACUAGUUCUUCUUUUGGAACCGCUGCCGCUUCUACGAAAUUCGAUAAUCCAUCGAAUGGCGCUAUUGAUGAGAGUCUCAAAGCUCAAGCUCUAGCGGAAGAGGAAGCAGUAAUGAACCAGUAUAAGUCUAAAGUCUCAUCUCCAACUGCCAGCGGCGCUAGCGUGACCAUAACAAAUCCCUUCUUAUCGUCACCUUCAGCGACAAAACGCAAUGUCGACGAUUUAUUUGGGGGAGACGCUAAUACACAGUCAUCUGAAAUUGAAUCAAAGGCUUCCGAUGACUUGCUUCAACUAGGCAAUCCAUUUGCGGAUAUGUUUGGAACAUCGCAAUCAGCGCAACCGGUAACAAUGACCACAGCUGCGAACAGCAUGUGGAUAAGCAAUGGUAUUAAUGGAAGUUCCACUGCAGCGAUACCACCCAGCACAGCUAACACGUUCGUGUCGGAUAGCAAUUUCUCUUCUGUAUUUGGUAAUACAGACCCAGUUGCGCUGGAUAGCUCCGUGCCGAAUCCGUUUUUAAUUGAUGAGUUGGAUGGUGGUAGCCAGCAACAGUUUGCACCAGCGCAAAUACAACCACAACAGCAAAAAAUGCCAGGAUUCGAUGCGUUGGGUGAUGUACUAAAACCUGGCAACAUUGGUUACACUGGUCAAAUCCAAUCCGCCGCAGGAGUAAAUUUUGCUUCACAACCAACCGCACUUGCAGGUGGCUCAAUACAGGCGCCAACAAAUCAGCAACCAGGAAAAGUUCUUACCGGAGAUCUGGACAGUUCACUGGCAUCACUGGCGGAAAGCUUAUCAAUCAACAAGGGAUCUUCUUCUCAAAUCAAAAAUGUACAAUGGAACUCACCAAAAAAUACCGCUAAACCUGGCUCUGCUGGAUGGUCCCCCCAGCCACAGCCAGCAACAAAUCAAAUGGGCUAUAAACCAAUGGCGCAAGGUAUGACAGUUACUCCUGCCCCUAGCACUAUUCAUCCACUUGUACACUCUUCCUAUCCUGUAGUGUCGUCGUAUAUGAUACAGCAAGGUAUACCGCAAAUGAGACCAAUGGUUGGUGGGCCUACGGUACCAGGAGGAACUCAGAUGCCCAGUGCAAUUCCGAUGAACGCUGGUAUGAUGCAUAUGCAACAGCCUCAGCAGACUGCAAUUCAUGGCCAACCUGUACUGAUACCUUCGCAGCAACAGCAGUCACAUACACAACCGUUGCCAAACAAAAAUGUUCAGUUGGAUCCUUUCGGGGUGCUCUAAGAACAAAUCUGUUGACAACAAAAGCUUAAAAGGAAUCUUUCUCACUGCAAUAAUACUAUAAUCCAUUGUAAUUACAAAAUAGGAGAUACUGUAGACCUUUCACGCUGACUCUUAAAGUUAAUAUAUUUACCAUAUAAUAUUUAAUGCUGAAAAAAUAAUAGAUGUAUAUCUAGUUCACAGGCAGAUGAAUUUGGUAUACUGGAAUUAUUUCAAGUAUUAACAUAAUAUAACAUACCUAUAAACAUGAUGUGACAAAGCAGAGCAAAACUAUUACUGUUAUUAGAAGAAGUUGAACAUAUAUUCAAUUGACUGCGAAGCACAUAGAACCUACAUACUGAGUGCAUAUAGCAAUGUUUCUUGUAAUUAAUUUGUUAAUUGUAAAACUCGCUAGGAAUUUACAUUUAUUUUGUGAUAAGUUGUAUUUUUGCGUAGGAAAAUUAUCCUAAUUUACAAUUAAUUAUUGUGUGCGAAAAUCAAUAUAGCAGAGACAAUAUCAUGAAUUUAAAAAUAUCUCCUAAUUAUUUGCGUAUGCAGACGCUUUUCUAUUACGAUUGAAAAAAAAAAACAUAGAUCAACUGUUGUCAUAAUUUUAAUAGAUAUAUACUAAAAUAAAAUUCAGAGUAUUGCAGAAAUCCGUUAAUCUUUUGGCCAUGAAGAGAGAAAUUUAGGGAGAAACAAGAUAUAUAUAUAUAUAUAUAUAUAUA